UUUAAUGACAAAACAAAAAGGAAGACCCCCGAAAAUAAGAAGAGAUCCUGCUCUAUAUACUGGGAAACCAAGAGGAAGACCAAGAAAAAACUCUUCUCAGAUUACUGAUCCAAAGCCUAAAAGAGCUAGGGGAAGGCCAAGAAAAGCUCUCUCAAACUCCAUCUUUGCACAAUAUGAUGUAAAAAGUGUCACAGAAAAAUACAACAAGGCCAGAAGAAUUCAACAGAAGAAAAAUGUCAGAGAGCCAAUCAGGUCCCAAAAGAAGGGAUGUUUCCUCAGAUCUAUCCACAGCUUGCUUUAAUAUUAAUUUUC